AUGUUCAACGAGACAUCUUCUUUGGCAUAUUUGUCCCUGGCUUACACGUUCCCCCAAAUCUUACAAGACUUGAAAUCGACAGACUUGAACUACAUGGAGUCAUUAUGGGCUAGUUGGUAUAUCUACUUUGGAAAUGACAUAUUUGCCACGGGAUUGUUGUUCUUUUUGACCCACGAGUUGAUGUACUUUGGACGGUGCAUCCCGUGGUUUAUUAUCGAUAGGAUCCCAUACUUCAAUCAAUGGAAAAUCCAGCCCACCAAAAUCCCUUCCAACAAAGAACAAUGGGAAUGCUGCAAGUUGGUGUUCAAGCAACAUCUUCUUGUGGAAGCAUUACCUAUCUGGUUAUUCCAUCCACUUUGUUCCCAACUCAGCAUCUCCAUAUCAGUACCUUUCCCUUCUUGGAAGAUCAUGUUGGCCCAAAUCAGCUUUUUCUUCUUCGUGGAGGAUAUAUGGCACUACACUUUCCACCGAAUUUUCCACUACGGGAUUUUCUACAAGUAUGUUCACAAACAGCAUCAUAGAUACGCAGCCCCCUUUGGGUUUGCUGCCGAGUACGCUCAUCCAAUCGAGGUGAUGGCAUUGGGGUUUGGUACUGUUGGAUUUCCAAUUGUAUACGCCUAUACCGCCUUGAGCCACAAACAACUUCCACCUUUACACCUAUUUACCAUCUGCAUUUGGAUCACGUUGCGGUUAUUCCAGGCAGUCGACUCGCACUCGGGCUACGACUUCCCAUGGUCGUUGAACAAGUUUGUUCCGUUCUGGGCAGGCGCUGAGCAUCAUGAUGAGCACCACCAUUUUUUUAUUGGAAACUAUGCCAGUAGUUUUAGGUGGUGUGAUGCAAUCAUGAAGACAGAAUGUGGGAUGUUGGCCAAGCAGAGGAGAGAGAUGAUGCUGCAGAGAAAGGCCGAAAGUAAGUACAGAAAGAGAGAUUAG